CCUAGCUUGUUUACCCAACAAAACACCACCGAAGAGAAAGACAACCAAGUAGCAAACAUGUAUCCCGUCGCUGAUGUGGACGACACCGCCGGCUUCAUGGCUGCUGCGCGCGCCUGGAAGCCGGAGAGAGACUACUUCACCUCAUCCGCUCAGGCUGGGGAUGUGUCGAGUGACAAGCAAGGUAAUGAAGAUGAUUCCGCCAACGCGACAGAUUACAACGUGACUGCUGGCGAUGACGACUUCGUCGGCAUCCCCGGUGACGACGCUUUCGAUGGAUUCGCUCCCCCCAAGUCCGAUGUUGGAGACUUUGAAGCCGGACCCGAGACUCAGAAGUCGGUCACAGAUUGGGACGGAGCUGACAAUACUGUGAAGCAGCAGGAGAAGCAGCGUGUUACUGCUGCCCAGACCCCUUCGGAGGAGGAAGAUUGCGAGAACCUCACUACUUUCAAGUCUUGGGGUGCUCCAGCUCCUCGGGACAAGCCCGCUGCUCGCAUCCGUCGUAUUAUUAUCAAGGGUCUUCCCACUGCCUGGUGUAGCCCUGCCAAGGUCCUUUCGCUGGUGCACGGGGGUGCCAUCGACAGCAUCAAUGUGACUUCCUCUGGCACCGCCCGCAUCCUGUUCUGUGAGGCCGAUGCCUGCAAGGCGUUCUAUGACAAAUACCCUAACGGCAUCAACCUGGACCGGGAGAAGAAGCUCGGGGUGUUUGUGGAGAUGGGUCAAGAGGUUGACGUUGUCAGCUCCAGUCUCAGCUUCAAUCUCUCCGUUGGGGCCACUCGUGUUGUCCGUGCUGUCGGAGCCCAGAUGGAUGUCAAUAUGGAGCAGUUAAUCAAUCUGGCGAGCUCCAAGAACGGCAAGCUGGAGAAGAUAAUCGACACCUACAUCCCCGGCGAAGCCCGCAGCAUCGUGUUCCGUUUCUGCAGUGUCGACGACGCCGUCCGUUUCCGUGCCGCCUUCGUCCGCGAGAUCGAGUUCGAGCAGUGCAACGUUCAGUACGCAGCUGAUCCAUGCGAGGCUGCGACUGGCUACCAUGUGGACUAGACGUCUAAGUCUUGUGUGUCCAGGGGUCUGCAAUGAUCUAUGAUGUGGAUCUCCAGCAGUACACACGGCAUUCCGAGGAAGUCCAAAGACAAUGUCUUUCAUGUUGUACAUUAAGGUGGCUUCGAGCCCAUGACUAUUACUGAGUUGUAUGAAAGCAAGCGGCAUCAAUGCAGCUAGCUCAUAUGUCAUAUCCAGACUUAGGAAUAUGCGAAG